AUGUAUAAACGGGCUCGACCAAGCAUGAAUCAGGUCUCACUGGAGGUCACGCUAGAAAUCUUGCUGACGGGCUCGCUGGAGAUCACUGGAGGUCGUUUUGCUGGGAGUUGUGCUAAUGGUAUGGCUGCCGGUCUCGCUGGUAAUUUUGCUAGCGAUCACAGUGACGGUUUCACUCGAGAUCACGCUGACGGUCAUUCUGAGAGUCCCGCUGGAGAUCACGCUGACGGUCUCGCUGGUAAUCACGCUGAUGGUCUUUCUGGAAGUCUCGCUGGCCAACACACUGACGAUCUUUUUGGAAGUCUCGCUGGAAAUCAUGCUGACGAUCUUUUUGGAGAUCUCGCUGGUGAUUACGCUGACGGUUUUUCUGGGAGUCUCGCUGGAGAUCACGCGGACGAUCUCGCUGGAAAUCAUGCUGACGAUCUUUCUGGAGGUCUCGCUGAUAGUCUCGCUGGAGAUUGUGCUGAUGGUAUUGCUGCCGGUCCCACUGGCGAUUUUGCUGGUGAUCGCGCUGAUGGUCUCGCCGAAGAUCAGGCUGACAGUCUCGCUAGUCAGCUUGCUGAUACUAUUGCUGAUGGUCUUGCAGGUAAUCAUACUGGUGGUUUUGCUGGAAGUCACGUUGGAGGAAAAUUUUGA